AUGGGACGAAAAAGCAAGAAACUCUGCUCGAAUCUCGACAACGCUAACAAGGAACCUGCCCGCCGCCGAAUCAAACGUGAUGCAGCCGCUGAACAACAGUACGAACAAGAGGUUGAACAAGGGGCACAAUUUCUUGCCGGUAUCCUUCCCGGCAACAACAACAACGAGAUACCUAUCCCUAAUCCACACAAUAAUCCAAAAGAUGUACAUGGUGAUCUGGAUCUUAAUAUGAAUGAUAUCAAUCCCGAGUUCAUUCCAUUUCCGAAUGACCCACCACUAGGAAAUGUAGAAGACCAGCUCCAACCAGAAGCCAACGAUGUUAUUGCACAAUUCGUUGCUCGACACCGUGAAAUCCGAUACGCCAACGACCGUGAGCAACUUCGCAAGCAUUGGGAAGCCAUUGAAAAGCACCUCACAGCCGCCUACCUCGAGUCUCAAACCAACACUUUGAAUUGGACCUCCAAACAAUCCUACCUCGACGAUGCUUCUAAUUUACUGUAUACUAUCUCUAUGUCACAACCCACACUGACCAUAUCCUUACAACGCAGACCGAUUUGUGUCAAGGCCGGAUACCUUCCAGCAUCACCUCAACAGCCCUGGACCGCAUUCUUCAUUCCGUUGUUACAGAUGUAUCAAAACCUGUGGCAAACUUCUGUAUCUGCCGCUACGAGUUGGAUUGAAGGUUAUAUGAAUUUUCUCGAUGGAAGAUCCGCAAAAGAAGAUACAGCUCGAGGCUCUGACGCAACUCGACGACGAGACUUGAGACAGCCUUUCUCAAGUACUGCUAAUAUAUAUAGUCGAAUUAUUGUCCUCGCCAAAAGUGUACUCCACCUCGGACUCCAACUCGCCACCACUGACUUAUGGGCUAAAACAAUCGCAAAGCACAAUGAUCCCAACCAAGCACCUCUUCAGCUAGACGAGGAGGACCUCAAUUCGCUACUGGACGACUUUCCCGAUCUGCGCGUUGCUAUCCUAUACGACAUUGGUUGUCAGCUGGACAAGCACAUCAGGAAGCACACGGCUGAAUGGCUACACCGGAAAUUGCAAAACACCAUCUCAACCAUCAAAGCAGCACGCGAGACGUUGAACAAGUGGUUGAAAGUCCCAAAUCCGCAUCGGCCCGGCGCAAUGUAUACAGAAGCAUUCUUCCUGGCUCAGUGGGACUCAGAAAGGAAGCACAACAUCGCCACUUCUAAAGACAUCAAGACAUGCCAAAUGCUUGCGCUGGGAAGACUCCUCUGCCUCGAAGAUCGCAUGUAUCAGGUUUGGGAUGAAGAUACCCAGCAAGAACUUCGGGCCUUUGAUCGUCUGCAACGAUUUCAGGAUCUUGCUACUCAGAUAACCGAGCAGCGUAGAAAAGUGGGUACUUCGGAGAUAUUGAGAGCUCUUUCAGAGGCAGGUCGUGAUAGGUUCCUGAAGGUUUGGUUUGCAAAAACCGAGGUUCGGACUCGCUUCCUGGCCUUGAGGGCAGAGCAGAGGCCAUUAGAUCCCGAAAACCGGGUUGGUGGAAGCUCGAGGCUUGGUAGGUGUCAUUAUCAUCAUUGA